AUGUUUAUUGCACGAUCAGAAUACGACCGAGGAAUCAACACCUUCUCGCCAGAAGGCCGUCUAUUCCAGGUUGAAUACUCACUAGAGGCCAUCAAGCUCGGAUCAACGGCCAUUGGUGUUGCUACAUCACAUGGCGUCCUCCUCGGUGUCGAGAAACGCGUUACGUCUCCCUUGCUUGUCUCCUCCAGCAUAGAAAAGAUUGUGGAGAUCGACAGACACGUUGGAUGCGCUAUGUCAGGCCUUCAAGCCGAUGCACGAAGUAUGAUCGAGCAUGCCAGGGUAGAGUCACAAAACCAUGCCUUCAAUUUCAAUGAGAAACUUGGUGUCGAGAGCUGUACGCAGGCCAUCUGCGAUUUAGCAUUGAGAUUCGGUGAAGGAGCACAGGGAGAAGAGUCAAUCAUGAGUCGCCCCUUUGGUGUUGCUUUAUUGAUCGCAGGUUGGGACGACGACCAAGGACCACAGUUGUAUCACGCAGAACCCUCGGGCACAUUCUACCGCUACGACGCAAAAGCCAUCGGAUCCGGCAGUGAAGGCGCUCAGGCGGAGUUGCAAUCAGAAUACCAUAGAUCCUUGACUCUGGAAGAGGCUGAGACCCUAGUGUUGAAAACAUUGAAGCAAGUUAUGGAGGAAAAGCUGGAUGCGAAGAACGUACAACUGGCGAGCGUCACCCGUGAGAACGGAUUUCGGAUCUACAGCGACGACGAAAUGAGCACCGUGGUCGCUAGACUCGAGGGUGACUAG